UCACGCACGACGUUGGGAGUUCCCUACUUCCCUUCUCCUCGAUUUAGCGAUACCUUUCUCGCCGGCUUGUGGAUGCUCGCUUUCCCGCCUGCAGGGCUUCAUCUCCCGGGGCAGAGAAAGGAGCUGUGCGGGGCGGCGGCCUGCUUGCUCCCCGCCACACCUUCCAACUGAAGUCUGAAACCCGAACUCGGCACAACCACAGGUCUUAAAUUUAUUUCUAUGACAACACAGAAGGCGUUGGUGGAGGAAAUGAAAAGUGCAAUGGAGGGCGACUCCAAGAGAACCAGUCAGGUUCCAGAAGACCAGCAAGAUGCAGAUGAAAGCUCUGACAAGACUCCCAGCAAGGCUUCCAAAUCUCCACAGAAGAGCAACAAAAGGCCCAAGACUGUCCCAGUUAAAGUCAGUUUGCUUGAUGGCUCUGACUACGAGACUGCCGUUGAGAAAUUUGCCAAGGGCCAAACACUGCUGGAUAUGGUGUGUGGCCAUCUGAACCUGCUGGAGAGGGACUACUUUGGCUUGACGUUCCACGACCCCGACAAUGCCAAGCAUUGGUUGGAUCCGUCCAAGGAGAUUAAAAAGCAAAUUCGGGUUGGCUCCUGGAUUUUGGGAUUCGCUGUUAAAUUCUACCCCCCAGAUCCAUCAGUGCUGAUUGAAGACAUCACCAGGUACUACUUGUGCCUUCAGUUGAGGGACGACAUCCUGUCCGGUCGCCUGCCCUGUUCUUUUGUUACACAUGCCCUCUUGGGCUCUUAUACUGUUCAGGCUGAACUCGGUGACUAUGAGCCAGAAGAACAUGGGCCCGACUAUGUUGCAGACUUCCACUUUGCCCCUAACCAGACGCGAGAGUUGGAGGAAAGGGUGAUGGAGCUUCAUCGUAACUAUAGGGGAAUGAGUCCUGCAGAAGCAGAAGUGAAUUUCUUAGAAAAUGCCAAGAAGCUGUCAAUGUACGGGGUGGACCUACAUCAGGCUAAGGAUUCUGAGGGGAUUGACAUAAUGCUCGGCGUGAGUGCGAAUGGUCUGCUCAUUUAUCGAGACCGUCUAAGGAUCAACCGCUUUGCCUGGCCAAAGAUCCUAAAGAUCUCAUACAAGAGGAGCAACUUCUACAUCAAGAUCCGCCCUGGAGAGUAUGAACAGUUUGAGAGCACCAUUGGCUUCAAAUUGCCCAACCAUCGGGCCUCAAAGCGACUGUGGAAGGUUUGCAUUGAGCACCACACUUUCUUCAGGUUGGUCUCUCCAGAGCCACCACCAAAGGGCUUUUUGGUGAUUGGCUCUAAGUUCCGCUACAGUGGUCGCACUCAAGCCCAAACACGACAGGCCAGCGCUUUGAUUGACAGGCCAGCUCCUCUGUUUGACCGCUCUGUCAGCAAACGGUACCUGCUGUCCCGAAGUAUUGAUGGUGCCUCAACUUUAGGUAACAGUAUGGACCAGUUAUCUCAGCGAAGCUCGAGUGAGCGAACACAGUUCAUGUCCAGAGAAGACCUGGACCAAGAAGGCAGCCUGGACCUUGAUCAUGAUCACGACCACUAUCCGGACCAUGACCAAGACCAUGUGGCUGACACUGACCAGGACAUAGAGCCGCACCAAGGUCAAGAGCAAAUUCGUGCCGUGAGCAUCUCAGCAUGCAACAAAACUUUGGAACUCAAGGCAGAGGAAGCAGCCUCGCCUGUAGACCCGAAACCAGAGGAUCUGGCCAUGCCUCGGCCGAAGCAGGAGCAGUUCUUGGACAAGCCUGAAGAUGUUAUACAGAAACACCAGGCCAGUAUCAAUGAGCUUAAGAGAGCCUUGAGGCAGCCCAAUAGCAAGAUGACCCAGAGGGAGAAACGUGCUUGCUCAACUACUUCUCCUGGAGGAACCCCAGAGCGCAAACCUGCGCCCGGUGAAGCCAAUUUGAUUGACAAGCAGGAAGCGAAUGGACGAAUGCUGGAUUGUGUCUCUAAUGUGACUACAGACAUGUUGACGAUGGUACCAUGGGCUGAGGAAAAUGGGGGAACUUUGAAAUCUCGAACUGCAGUAUCUCCUAAAACCAAUUUACGAACAAGACCAAAAGCAAGAAGCCCCCUGGAUCAUCCUUCAGUCAAUAACAACGGCCAUGAUUCUUUAUUGACUAGGAAUUGCAUUCAUGAAAAUGGAUUCAGCUCCCCAAAGGAAAAACAAAAAAAUGAAACACUGAGCAGAGAUGUAAAGUGUUGCCAUUAUGAGGCUGAAGCGUUCUCGGAAAGUCUUGAUUCUGUCUCAAAGGGAAAAAGGGACUCGUUGUCAAAUGACACACAAAAAAUCGAACGCCUUAGUCCUGAAGAAUUACUGAAAGAUUUCAGCAAAACUUUAAAAUCUGACCAUGCUGAAUCCACCAAAGUGGUUCCUCUAAAGCCACGGAGAUCAAAAAAAUCUUUGAACAAAGAUACCGAAGGCUAUGUUCAAACUCUAAACCAGUCUGAGUGGAACCUCAUUGGAGAUUCGGGAUUAAUUCGAUCAGACAGUAAAUCCUGUGAAACAAGGAGAUUGGACGGUAAUGAUAGAUUGCACUCUGUCACAGAUGGAGUCAAUGAUAACUCAGUUGUAAAAUACCACAGCUGGGCCAGACAGUCGCAUCAUCAAGAAAAGGACCUCAGCGAAUCCAAGGGUGCAGCAAGUACAAUGCCAAGAAGUGGUGAGCAACAGGAAGUUGCUGAAAAUAUCACUGACUUUAACUCAGAGAAGCUCCUGUCUAGGUUGCCAACAGUUCCUCCACGAACACUUCCUCUUAAAAAGCAGUGGUGUAGGGAUCGCCACAGCAACACUGACUGCAGCCACAUCCACUACAGAAGCAACCAAGACGCCACCAAGAAAAAGCAAGCGGAGAACCCUCCGGCUCCUUCCAUUAAUGAGGAACCGCUCAGCGAUUCUUCGCGGGAGCUUUGGGAGAGGCGUCUGGGGUCAGUGUCCGAGGACGACCAAGACCACGAGACCUCUUACUUGAAGGAAACACACCUGGGCAUCGAGCGCAAAUGUUCCAGCAUCACUGUCAGCUCCACUUCCAGCUUGGAGGCUGAGGUCGACUUCACUGUCCUCACCGACUUGCAUACAGGGAUGGAGGAGUUCUCCCGUGGCAUGUCCGAGCUGGGCGAGCGGGACUUAUCGCCCGAUGGGGGGUUGCGCUUCGGUAUUGAUUUCCUCCAGCAACAAGGCCCAUCGGAGCCAUCGCCUCCUUUGGCAUCUGCAACUACUGUAUCCAAAGAAGCGAGCAGCAGUCCUCCAGCUAAACAUGUGCAGGCUGAAGAAAUCCGAAUGGAGCCCAAGCGGCCUGAUAUGCAGCCCGUAGUGCCUAAAAAGCCCAAGAGGUCAGUACCGGUGUCAUCUUCAAUGGACAAAGAGCAGUCACACAGGGAAACCAGUCGUGAGAGCGGAACCACGUCCCAGAGUCGGGAAGCCAGUGAUGUCAUUGUGAGGAAGACAGACGUCAGGAGAGAGACCCAGCCUAAUGGGUCAGAAGUCACAACGACCAUAGUGGAAUUCACAGAUCAGGAUCACGGUAUGACUGGUCUGAGCGAGGUCUCUUACUCCACAAGACAGAGCGUGUCUCCUGUACAUAUGGGAAGUCUUGGUAAAGAGAGAACUGGAUCUCCCAUCCUCGUCACUGAAAAUGUUACAUCGGCAACCACACAAGUUACCAAGACGGUGAAAGGGGGCUACUCAGAGACCAGGAUUGAAAAAAGGAUCAUCAUUACAGGGGACGAUGAUGUGGACCAAGAGCAGGCUCUGGCCAUUGCAAUCCAAGAGGCCAAGCAGCAGCACCCAGACAUGCAGGUGACCAAGGCGGUGGUUGUCAGGGAAACAGAAUCUUCUUCUGAGGAACGGCACGGAUCAGAGUCUUGAUUUCCUGAGACUUCCACUACAUACCCAAAAGGAACUCUUUUUGACUCAUCUCUUCUAUUCUGAUUUUGUGGAGGCAUAUCUUCAUUCUCUUGAAACAGAAUGCUUCAGAGGUGAUGCUGCAAGGAAUGGGAGAAAAUAAAGGGAAAAAAAAAACUGGUGUAUAACGUACCCUAGAAACAAUGUUCCCUUUUGUACUUAAAGAGGAUUUCAUUCAUUUUUGUGCCAUGAUGGCACCCUUAUCUCCACACCGUCAUUUUACAUAACGGACUAUGGAAUGGUUAUGUAGUAGUAGAAUGCCUCAUUCCUAAACUCCUGCUGUGCAUCCUUCUGCAUUUAAUAAGUUUUAAGACUACUAAAAUGGACUACUAAUAUUUCAGGUCCUACCUGCAUUGCACUGACUGAUGAGAACAAACUUGAAUAGAAAAGAACAACACUGCCUCCUAGUGGCGUGUUAAAGCCCCGCCGUCUGAGUUGAGUUCUGGCUUCUCCUGUAGUGUAUCGUGUUUAUGAAUAUGCUUUGCGGCAACGUGAUUGAUUGUACAUUGGAUGGGCAUUGUCUGCCUUUCGGUUUAGAAAAACAGGAGUUGCUAAUGCACCUUUUAUCCAAAUAGUAGUCCAAGCAUGUUAAAGACCAGUCCAGUUCCUCCCCUUCUUUCCCACAGCCUAAAGAGCUCAACUGCAUAUUUGUGUAGUGAGUAGAUUAAAAUUAUCACUGGGCUUCUGUAACUGUCUAUCAGAUCAUGCUUGCAUGGCAAUGUAUUUGCAUUAUUGGGCUUUAAUUGAGUAAUGCAUUUAAUCCACUGUGAAUGCUAAUAAUUUCAGGUUGUUAUGACAGAAACAACAAAUGCCAAGUUAAUCAGAAUCCAAAUCAGCGUUGUGACGUAUAUUAGAGGAAAUUUAACUUCCUGACAGGAAAUGAAAAGUGCUAGGUAAACAAGGUGCAGGCUAGCCAGUGUACUUAAGGCUAAAACCCAGUGAUGCUGGAAUUAAUAUACAAUAUACUUCCCACAACAACUGACCCUGCCCUGUAUAUUUUUACAAUCAACACAAUUUUUCACCGAACACACAUUUUCUUCACACCAUGAUAAUAAAAAAAUGCACUGUUCCAAUUCCACAUUUUAUUUACACUUUAUUUGUAUCAUGAAGAUUGUUGCCUCAAGGUUUUUCUUACGAAGUGUAGCACUCUGAUUAUAAUUUGACAGUACAGAUGUGCAAUGUGCCAGUUAUCAGUUAAAUGGGAUGAGGUUUGUGAAACUUUUUUUUGUAUUAAAUAGAAUUGUAAUUGCUCAAGUGCCAGGUUGCCAUUGUUGUAUUAUUGUUGAUGAUGAAAAUAAUGAAAUGUUUUUUUUUCUGUUGAGAGAAGUAAAUCAUUUACUUGUUUAGCAUAGCUCCAUUGUGUUUCAUGUCAGCGGAAUGGAAGAGGGCCCAAAAAUAAAGUAGUCAAGUAUCUUGUAGCUACUGUAACCCGUCGAAGGUCAGUGAAGAUGGUAAGUGCUUGCCAUGGUCUCAAUGGACAUUAGACGACUCAAGCAACCUAAAGACAGUUAGCCAUUAAAUUCCAUGCCAUGACACAUAAGCUUGUCACCUUAGCGUAAACCAUCUUGUACACGUGACGGAAACGUGUUUGUCCCACCUGAGAGCAACUGCAGAGGCUGUGGACCUUUGGACUUGACCCCAUAAGUGGGGCCCUCUGUAAUCUGUGCUCGUCUUUCCACUGCAGCUUCAUCUCUUCUGCAGUGCUUCCCUGUCAAGUCGUGCCGUGUGUUUGCUGUACAUUGUACUUGCAUUCCUCUCAAAUAAAAAA